AUGCAAGGAAGAGUUUUCCUUGGAUUAAUUUUGGUGUCAGUGUGGACAGUUGAAGGCAAGUAAAAUUAUGAUUUGUUUGUAUUGUCCUCUCGUAUGUUUCUUCUCUUUGUUAUGUAGCAGUAAGGUAGCUUGUAGUCUAGAACAAAAUAAGUCAUCAAAACUGACGUGUUUAUAUGGGCAAUCACAUGAGUUUGAGUGCAGUUGAUAUUAGAUGUGCUCGAAUUAAUUUGUGGUUGACAAGCAAAGUGUUGGUAUAAAUUGACAUGUUCUACGCCAAUCGAAAUGCAGAAAUUGUUGUUAUACAUUACAUUUAACAACAUUACUCCAAGUGUGCUUGUAGCAUGUAGACCAGCCGCUACCAUAAUCCGUCUGGGAAAUCUAUCAAACAUAAACCCUAUUUCAUUUUCAUCAGGUAUUUACCUAUUACCAACUCUUUUUAUUUUCUCUUUCAAAAAGUUGUCAGAUAUUUUAGGACGGGUUACUCAGUCCAUUCAAAUAAUUCCAAUUACUAAACAGCGAGUCUUUCCCUACUAGCCUACCUUUCAUACCCUUGCUGUAAACCAAACAAGCUUAUUAAUUAAUCCCUGGACGACCGCUUUGGUCGUUUUCGUUCCAUAUGGAACGAUGUAUAUUUUCCUUCCUGGACACAUUUAGCUUUCAGUUUAAGUUAAAUUGGUAAGCAAUAACGUCAGCAAAGAUAGAUCUUUCCAGCCACACCUCGUUUUGGAUAUUCUGACUAAUUUUAACAGAGUUACACUCACAAAAAGUUAACUUUUUGGGGAAAAAUCCACUGCCAAUUUUGUGUACCUACUACUCUUUGAAGAUUAAAUUUGUCCCUUUUCUAAAAAGUUGGCUAGCCACAAUUCCAUGCAAAGGAAAGAGGAUAAAGUGGGCCACAAAACUGCUAAUAAAGAAGAAAGGCAAAGGAAAAAGAGAGCGAGAGAGAAAGAUCGAAAUAGAUUCGGAAAAAAAAAAGUCACCUUUUGGCUAGUGGGCAUGCGUGAAAAAAAAAGCUGUCUAUUUACGUCCGAGUAGUCGGAAAAUAUGCUUUUUUUGUUGCAUUCUUAUGCUAAUUAGCCGAAAACUAGUCUAAAGAAGAGGAACUGGUGAGAAAUAAUGCUGUUUUUCGCUACUCGUCGUCCGUCACCAAAUGGUAAAGCAUAAUCAGUCAAAACGUCCUUAAUCAUUCAAAUCAUAGUAAAUUAAUUUCCCUUAUCCUGAAAACACAACGUCAACAAAUAAUAUGCCUUCAAAUAUAACUGUGAGGGGAGAGUGGAUAUUUUGUUCUCAGCGGUUGCGUUUGAUUGGCUCUUUGUGAGUCUCUGUGUUUGCCAACCAAACAUAAUGCAUUGAUUACUCGUCCCUUUCUUUACUGAAUUGCUUUGUCUUUCUGCCUUGUUUUUUUCUCAUUACCCAUGGCGUUACUUUUUAUAGAGCCGACACUCAGACAAACAAUAUGAAAUUAGCUUUAACGAAUUCCUCUUUGUUUGUCUUUUGUCAUAAAAAUAUAAAUGUUUUUCUGACUCAUUAAAAUAAGAAAAGUGACAAAAGUCAAACAAACGUUGCGAAUUAGUCAUUCUGAAGUCAUUUUUGCGAUGUGCUUAUCGUGAAUGAUAGUAAUUAAUAUAGCUCACGAUUACAGAAUCAAAAUACCUAAGGACACGAUCGAUCAUGAGAUGACUUUGCAAGUCAUCAUCAGCCGAUAUAAUAGCGAACAAAAAUCAAUUCUCUUCUGAUGCUACGGAACCGAAGAGAAUUUUCAUUUGCAACAAGAUUUUUAGCGUCACAAGUUAGCCUGUCAAGAGAGUAAAAUUUUUGAGAUUUUUAACAUUGAUUUUCGUACAUUUAUUUGCAGUUGUUCACACUUUACCGUGUUUGUUUUCUGUCAAUGGCUCCAGUGGGUUCAUCAGCUCCAGUGGCACCAAGAACUACAACGAAUGUACUUGGAUCAUUACUGCACCAUCUAACCACACCGUCAAACUGAAAUUUAUGAUAUUUAGUCUAUCUAAUGAUCCCCGGUGGAAUCAAACAAGGAUCCAGGUGCAUGACGGAAAAAGGAAAAAUGAUACCAUACUGGGAAUUUUUUCAGGGGCAAGACGGCCCUUCAUCAUACAAGCAAGUGGUCGAUUCAUGAUGGUGGCUUUACAAAAAGACUUUCUCUCCACCCCUUNUGACUAUCAGUUGUUUCAUUCCUGUGUGAAGUGAGACGUUUUAUUACAAUAUGAGAUAUGAUAUAUAUAGUAUCGCUUAGCGUGUUGUUCUACAGGGGAGUAUAAAAAUAUCUAUAAUUUUUGGAGUAUUAUUUAAGUAGGUUUAAGCAACUCAAGUUUUAUUUGCAGCGUGAUAUGACAUGAGAUCGGGACAGCUUAGAAACUUUCUUUAUGUUCAUUUUCAGAGAAGCCGAGGAUAAGGCUACCGUUACCAGUAGUAAAAUCUGUGCCAGGACAUUAUAUCUGGUUUCUACUGGAAGGUACUCCACCGAUUAACUCGACAUUAGUGAAUACAUCAACACCUUUGAAGGGUGUUUACCUAAUAAAAGGGAUCGAACUAAAUCGGACGGGCAACUACACUCUACUAGCAGAAAAUGAAGAAGGAACUGACUCAAAAACGGUUGAAGUAACCUUUCUGGGUAAGGAUUCAAUGCUGUUAAAUUUCAUUCAAUGUAGAUGAGGCAUUUUGCAAUAAACAACUAUUAAUAGUAGUUCGCACAAACAGUUGUGUUGACUUCCGUCCUUAUCUUAUCCGUUGAUGAUUCAGUUCAUUCGGUGAAAAAUGAAUGUAAAGAGUUUUAGACGACUUGCUUCUGCAUGUUCCACCAUUGUUUUGAACACGGGUAAUUUGUAUGAAUUAAAGUUUGUAAACAAUGAGGAUUUACCAAACACUGGAAAUUUGGAUUUCACCCUCAGGCCUGUAGCCAGAAUUUUUUACGGGGAGGUGCGAUCCAACGAGGAGACGGACCAAACGUUGCCAGGGGCGCAAGUCUCUGGGGUGGAGAGAAUUAGGUUGCCUGAGACUUCAUUUGGAGCAUUUUGAAAAACUGGGUAUUUCUCAAACUUUUGAUCUUCAAAAGUAAUUUUUUCAAAUAGAGUACUUUAUUUUACAAUUCUUUAUAGUGACGUUGAUGCUGGACGUCACUAUUUAAAAAGAAAAAAAAUAGAAAGAAAGUUGUAAGUCCGUACUAUUCGCGAGGUUUGAUGCAUGAUGUUUGAAUCAUGAUCUUUUAAUAGUGUACCGAGCUCAAAAUUUCUUGGGUGUUUGCUAGAAACAGAUCAAUCAAAGACUUCUUUCAGAUCAAUGUAUGUUACAUAGUGGAUGCGUUUAUUAGUCAGUGGAGAGAGCCUUUGUUGUGCCGCGAAUACUACUUUUUGGCCACAGAAAACAGCUGAUAUUUUAAACUAUCCUAAAAGAAAAAGGGCUACACAAAAAAAGGAACAAUGCAUACCUUAAAGAGAAAAAGGAUCCAAGAUCCAUCCCUUGUAAUUGGCAGGAGCCCAUCAGUGGCUCCUGUAAGUAGCCUGCGUAGAAAGCGUUUCCGUGCGAUUUCGGAGCAAAGAACGAGGACCGAGAGUCAAAGACCGCGCAUAAAAUUGAUGGAGUAAAAGAGCGGGGAGGAGGUGGUCAAAAGAAAAAAAAAGUGGACCUCUGGGCCCUGUAGGCGGGGAGGUGGGAGGGGGGUUGGGAGCGCAUCCGUCGCACCCCCCCUCCCUAUGGGCCUAACCCUUAAUCAAUGAGUAAAAAUGAAAAUUCGUUAUUGUCUAUUAAUACUGUAUUAAUGUAUAUACCUGAAAGUACCGCUUUCCUGAAAACUUCCCCUUACCAAUUGUAUCAUUCUUGCGUCUUUCAUUUUGCAGAUUGCAAUCAUUUGUGUCACAGUACAGGUUCGAUGACAAGUUCCGGCAAAGUUACGAACGAACACAGCUGUAGUAAAAGCAACAUAACACAUAAUUGGAAUUGCAUUCCAACUACAACCACUAAAUUGUAA